AUGGCUGUUAUAGUUGGUAACUCAGAAACUGCAUAUAAAAUGGAUGUCAAGGGCGACGCUAAAAAUGUUAAUAUAAAUAUUGGCGAUUCAGCUAUAAAGCCAGCAUCUGAUACACCUGUUCAAACGGUGAUGAAAAGUGUCGGAAAAUCAAAACGACGUCGUCAUGUUAAUAAAAAUAAGCGAUAUCAUUUUCGUGCAAUUGCUCCUGGUGGUUCUGGUUGUACUAGAAGUCGUUCAAUAUCGGUUUCAAAUGUUGCAGUUGCUGAUAUCGUUGAUUCAAGUGCUUAUGACCGAGAGACUUUUGAUUCUAAACAAAAAUAUGAUACAUAUAUGAAAGAUUUUGAUGAAGAAAAGAAUGAUGAUUUUGAGAGAAAUGAUUUUUCGUCUGAUACGACUUCUGAGACCGGGAAACUGGCCAUUGAUGAAACACGUAUUGACGACGAAUUUCAAAAUGAACAUGAGAAACAAAUACAAAAAAUAUUUGAAGUUACAUGUGAUAGAUUUAUUAAAAAUACAAAUAUUAUUUCUCAACGUUCAUUGCAAUCAUCAUCUGGUAUAGCUGCAACAAAAACUAAAGAUUACCGGUUCUCAUCAAAUUCUUUAGAUAAUUCUAGUAAAAAUCUAACAUCCUCAGCAUUAAAGUAUUAUUCUGUUACCAUUCUAGAGUACGCAAGACUCGUCCACCAUCAACCAAAUAUAUCAAGUUAUAAAUUAAACAACACAAUAGGCAAUGUUUUUGCUUUAAAAAGACAUCAACAACAAAAACUUACAUCAGUACCAUCAUAA